ACAUGCACCACUCCCUCUCUUUCUCUAAGAUCUUUUUACCUCACUCGAUCAGGUACGACAGCUAAGCUAGCCAUCUAUCGUUCAUGGCUGGUGGUGGUGUGGGAGCAUCGGCGGCGGCGGCGGCGACGAUACCAGAGGCGGCGCUGAGGUCCGGCAAGCCGAUGCCGCUCGUCGGCAUGGGCACCGCGUCGUUCCCGUUGGACGCGCCCCAGCUGCCGGCCACCGUCAGGGACGCCGUCCUGCGAGCGAUCGACGCCGGCUACCGCCACUUCGACACGGCGGCGGCGUACGGCACCGAGGCACCCCUGGGGGAGGCCGUGUUGGAGGCCGUGCGCGCCGGCAUGGUCGCGUCCCGGGACGACCUCUACAUCACCUCUAAGCUCUGGAUCUCCGACACCCACCCCGGCCGUGUCUUGCCGGCGCUCAGGAGGACGCUCCGGAACCUGCAGAUGGUUUACAUCGACCUAUACCUGAUUCACUGGCCAAUAAGACUGAGAGUGGAACAAGAAACGCCUUCGCCGGUGUACGACAAUGACUUUGUGAUGAUGGACAUGGAGGGAGUUUGGAAGGACAUGGAGGAGUGCCAGAGGCUAGGUCUCACCAAAGCCAUUGGUGUCAGCAAUUUCACCUGCAAGAAGCUUAACACCCUGCUCUCAUUUGCAACCAUCCCUCCUGCAGCAAAUCAGGUUGAGAUAAACCCCUAUUGCCGGCAGAACAAACUAAGGGAGUUUUGUAAGGAGAAAGAAAUCCAGCUCUGUGCCUACUCUCCUUUAGGAGCAAGUGGCACUAUAUGGGGCAGCAAUGCCGUCUUGGACUGCCCUGUUCUCAAACAUAUCGCCGUACAGAAGGGCAAAACGGUUGCCCAGGUAUGCCUGAGGUGGCUGCAUGAGCAAGGCGAUUGCAUAAUCGUCAAGAGCUUCAAUGAGAGAAGAAUGAGAGAGAACCUCGAAAUUUUUGAUUGGGAGCUCACCGAUGCUGAUCGCCAGGAGAUAAGCGCCCUCCCGGAAUUCAGGGGAAACCGUGAUUUCUAUGUCCACGAAUCUGGCCCAUACAAAACCACUGAUGAGUUUUGGGAUGGCGAGAUUACUGGGCCACAACUAAAAACCUGUUAAUGGGCUGCUCAAGAGCAAUGAAUUGUGUUAUUGGUCCAAUAUACCACUGAGUUGUCUUGCUUAUAUAUAUUGUGUAACAGCUGAAAGACUAGAAUGUACUCUCAUUUUUUUCAAAUGCAAAUCUACCAGUUUUUUGUUCCUAAA